GGUUUGGCGUCGGACCUUCGUGCGCUCCGACUCUCCGCGGCCCUCCCCGGCGCGCCCCUCCCGGGGGCCAUGCCCCGCACACGCUGAAUGGGCACCAACCCGGCUCCGGGCGGGCGUGGCGCCGCGGCCCCGGCCAUGGGCAGCUUCCAGCUGGAAGACUUUGCGGCAGGCUGGAUCGGAGGUGCAGCCAGUGUCAUUGUCGGCUACCCUCUGGACAUGGUCAAGACUCGCCUGCAGGCCGGGGUCGGCUAUGGGAACACCUUCAGCUGCAUCCGCACCGUGUACAGGAAGGAGAGUGUUUUCGGCUUCUUCAAGGGCAUGUCCUUCCCCCUGGCCAGCAUCGCAGUUUAUAACUCCGUGGUGUUUGGGGUCUUCAGUAACACACAGAGGUUCCUCAGCCGGCACCAGUGCAGGGAGCCCGAGACCGAUCCGCCCCACACGCUGCCAGACCUGCUUCUGGCCAGCAUGGUGGCUGGCGUGGUCUCUGUUGGGCUGGGCGCACCUGUGGACCUCGUCAAGAUCCGGCUGCAGAUGCAAACACAGCCAUUUCGGGAAGCCAACCUCGGUUUGAAGCCCAGGGCAACUCUUGGGGAGCGGCCAGCCUACCAGGGGCCUGUGCAUUGCAUCGCAACCAUCGUGCGGACGGAGGGCCUGGCAGGGCUGUACCGGGGUGCCAGUGCCAUGCUGCUAAGGGACGUCCCGGGCUACUGCCUCUACUUCAUCCCCUAUGUGCUGCUGAGUGACUGGAUCACACCCGAGACCUGCGCAGGGCCCAGCCCCUGUGCUGUGUGGCUGGCUGGUGGCAUGGCAGGAGCAAUUUCUUGGGGUACAGCGACGCCUAUGGAUGUCGUGAAAAGUCGACUCCAAGCUGACGGAGUUUAUUUAAACAAGUACAAAGGUGUUCUGGACUGUAUCUCCAAGAGUUACCAGAAUGACGGUCUUAAAGUGUUUUUCAGAGGCAUCACUGUGAACACUGUACGGGGCUUCCCCAUGAGCGCAGCCAUGUUCCUCGGGUACGAGCUCUCCCUGCAGGCGAUCCGCGGGAACCAAGCGGUGACCAGCCCCUGAGUGCCAGGUC